GGUAAAUUCUCCAGUUCCACCUCCACCUCGUUUUAACGUUCCUGGAGAUUCACCUAGAUCUAGACUGACUCUCCAGUCUUGCUCCUCAGCACCUUCCGAACACACCAUGGGACAGAAUGAUAAGAGAUGAUCGAGCUGGACUUCAGGACUUCAUGGGAGUCCCAGAAAUCCUGGAUAGAAAGCACUUUCACCAAGAGGGAAUGUGUCUACAUACUGCCAGUGUCAAAAGACCCUCACAGAUGCCUUCCAGGAUGCCAAAUCUGCCAGCAACUGGUCAGGUGCUGCUGCGGCCGGCUGGUCCGGCAGCAUGUGGGCUUCACUGCCAGUCUGGCGAUGAAAUACUCAGAUAUGAAGCUUGGGGAGGCGCAGCCACCACACGAGGAGUGGAGUGUAGAGAAUCACACCGAGCAAAGCCCCACUGAUGCCUAUGGCAUCAUUAACUUCCAAGGGGGAUCACACUCCUACCGAGCCAAGUAUGUGCGGCUAUCCCACGAUUCGCGGCCUGAAGCGAUCCUGAGGCUGAUGCUAAAAGAAUGGCAGAUGGAGCUUCCAAAAAUCGUCAUCUCUGUGCACGGAGGAAUUCAGAACUUCGACCUCCACCCACGAAUAAAACAGGUGGUGGGAAAGGGGCUCAUUAAAGCGGCCGUAACCACCGGGGCCUGGAUACUCACCGGAGGAGUUAACACAGGUGUGGCGAAACACGUAGGUGACGCACUAAAAGAGCACUCGUCCCGAUCGGCUCGGAAAAUCUGCACCAUCGGCAUUGCCCCCUGGGGGGUGAUAGAAAACAGGAACGAUCUUAUCGGAAGAGAUGUGGUGGCCCCCUACCAGACGCUGCUAAACCCCCUCAGUAAACUGAAUGUGCUGAAUAACCUGCACUCCCACUUCAUACUGGUGGACAACGGCACCGUGGGGAAAUACGGAGCGGAGGUUAAUCUGCGCAGAGACCUGGAGAAACACAUUAACCUGCAGAGGAUACAUGCUCGUAUUGGUCAGGGAGUGCCAGUGGUGGCUCUGAUCUUUGAAGGUGGUCCAAAUGUAAUCCUGACGGUUCUGGAGUACCUGCAGGAGAACCCCCCUGUACCUGUGGUGGUGUGUGAGGGAACCGGCCGAGCUGCGGAUAUACUGUCAUUCGUCCACAAACAGACCGAGGACGACGGUGGCCUUCCAGACGGUGUUGAGACUGACAUCAUUGCAACGGUCAAAAAAACCUUCAACCUGAGUCAGAAUGAUGCUGUGCACCUAUUUCAGACUCUGAUGGAGUGCAUGAAGAACAAAGAGCUGAUCACUGUGUUCCACGUUGGCUCAGAGGACCAUCAGGACAUUGAUGUGGCCAUUCUAAAGGCUCUGCUAAAAGGCACUGAUGCGUCUGCGUUUGACCAGUUGGUUCUAACACUGGCGUGGGACAGGGUGGACAUUGCCAAAGAUCACGUGUUUGUUUACGGACAGAAGUUACUGGUGGACUCUCUGGAGCAGGCCAUGCUGGAUGCAUUAGUGAUGGACCGAGUGGAUUUUGUGAAGCUGCUAAUAGAGAAUGGUGUCAGCAUGCACCGAUUCCUCACAAUCUCAAGACUAGAGGAGCUUUAUAACACGAAACAAUCACCAACAAACCCAAACCUCUUUCAGCUGGUCAGAGAUGUCAAACAGGGAAAUCUCCCACCUAACUACAAAAUCACACUAAUUGAUGUGGGAUUGGUUAUUGAGUAUCUAAUGGGCGGGACUUAUCGCUGCAACUACACACGAAAACGCUUCAGAAUAAUCUACAACAAUCUCCACGGCAACAAUCGGCGAUCGGGUCGUGCCCCGUCCAGUGGUCUUCCCCUGAGGAAAAACCACGAGCCCUUCAGCAUCCAGGCUGAUAAAAAAGAGAAAACCAGACACAACCACUUCAUCAAAACCGCACAGCCCUACAAACCAAAGUUGGAAUCGUCCAGUGAUCUGCAGCAGAAGCGCAGCAGGGAAGAAGUGGUGGAUAUCGAUGAUCCUGAGACGCGUCGAUUCCCGUACCCGUUUAACGAGCUGCUGGUGUGGGCCGUGCUGAUGAAGAGGCAGAAGAUGUCUCUGUUCUUCUGGCAGCACGGAGAGGAGUCCAUGGCCAAAGCCCUGGUGGCCUGCAAACUUUGCCGUUCCAUGUGCUACGAAGCCAAAAAGAGCGAUGUGGUGGAUGACACAUCUGAAGAGCUUAAAGAAUACUCUAAUGAAUUUGGUACGCUGGCUGUGGAUCUGUUGGAGCAGUCGUUCCGUCAGGACGAGCUGAUGUCAAUGAAGUUGUUGACGUAUGAGCUGAAGAACUGGAGUAACUCUACGUGUCUAAAGCUGGCCGUGUCGUCUCGCCUGCGGCCCUUUGUGGCUCACACCUGCACGCAGAUGCUGCUGUCCGACAUGUGGAUGGAACGGCUCAACAUGCGCAAAAACUCCUGGUACAAGGUGAUCCUGAGUAUCCUGGUGCCUCCUGCGAUCCUGGCUCUGGAGUAUAAGAGUAAAGCGGAGAUGGCACAUAUACCCCAGUCUCAGGAUGCCCAUCAAAUGACAAUGGAGGACAGUGAGCACAACCUGCAGAAUCCCGACGACAUUCAGAUGGAUGUGUUUAAGGAGACUCGAAUAAAUGACCAUGUGGAGGUGAAGCAUGAAACCGAGGUUGUGACACGUUCACGACGUCUGCCAAUCAUGCGCAAGUUUCAUGCCUUCUACCACGCCCCCAUCGUCAAGUUCUGGACCAACACGCUGUUCUAUCUGGUUUUCCUGAUGCUCUACUCGUAUGUAGUUUUGGUGAAGCUGCCAAUAUUUCCCUCGCCGCAGGAGUGGGCCGUCAUCCUGUACAUCUUUACCUCCGCUAUUGAGAAGAUUCGGGAGAUGUUUAUGUCUGAGGGAGGAAAGAUCAGCCAGAAGAUCAAAGUGUGGUUCAGCGACUAUUUUAACCUGUCUGACUUCAUCGCCAUCGUCAUGUUUGCGGUGGGCUUCGGGCUGCGCUUCGGUUCUGGAAACGUCUUCAUAGCCGGCAGACUCAUUUACUGUCUGAACAUCAUAUUCUGGUACGUUCGUCUCCUCGACAUCCUUGCCGUCAAUCAGCAGGCUGGACCUUACGUCAUGAUGAUCGGCAAGAUGGUGGCUAAUAUGUUCUACAUUGUGGUGAUCAUGUGUGUGGUGUUGGUGACAUACGGUGUUCCCCGUAAAGCCAUCCUGUACCCAAACUCCGAGGCAGAGUGGUCUCUGAUCAUCGAUGUGGUCUUCCAGCCGUACUGGAUGAUGUAUGGAGAAGUGUACGCAUAUGAAAUUGAUGUGUGUGGUAACACCACUGACCCCAAUGUGAAGCACCUGUGUACGACGGGGGUGUGGCUGACACCGGCUCUGCAGGCCGUCUACCUCUUCAUCCAGUACAUCCUUAUGGUCAACCUGCUCAUCGCCUUCUUCAAUAAUGUGUACCUGCAGGUGAUGUCCAUUUCUAACCUGGUGUGGAAAUAUCAGCGGUAUCACUUCAUCAUGGCGUACCAUGACAAGCCUGUGCUGCCCCCUCCCCUCAUCAUCUUCUACCACAUCUCCUCAUUCCUCAGCUUCCUCUGCAAACGCAGGAAGAAGGACAGCGCUUACGGACCAAAGCUCUUCCUGACGGAGGAGGACCAGAAGAAGCUUCACGAUUUCGAGGAGCAAUGUGUGGAGACGUAUUUCCAUGAGAAAGACGACAAGUUUCACUCUGGGAGUGAAGAGAGAAUCAGACUUACCUCAGACCGGGUGGAGACGAUGAGUAUCCAGCUGAGAGAGGUGGGGAACAGGGUCAAUUUUAUAAAGCGUUCUCUGCACUCGCUAGACUCUCAGAUCGGUCACCUGCAGGACCUUUCAGCACUGACCGUGGACACUCUGAAGGCUCUGACUGCACAGAGAGCCUCUGAGGCCAGCAAGGUGCACAACGAGAUCUCUCGUGAGCUCAGUUUGUCUAAGAACCUGGUUCCUGGUCCUCCGGAUUCGAAAGCCUCGGUUUUGGUCCAGCGCAGUGUCUUCCCACAGCCGGCCAACAUGGCCGACUCUCUGUUCGGACGCAGGGACGAGGAGGGCCUGCGGCAGAGGGCGGAGCUUGUUCUGGGUGCCGAUCGAGCAGAGCUUGGUGCCUUGAGCCCGGAGAGAAGGCCACUUUUCACACCGGAGGCUGGAUCCUCUGGCAGUGCCUUACCUUACACACACACUCACGCACUCGCGCACACACCCUCUCACACACCUUCUCACACGCACACACGGGCUCCCAGCGCCAGCCGUCCGGACGAUGCCAUCAUCGGCAGCCUGCCCAACGCUCCUGCUGCCGUGGCAACCUUCUUCGUCAGCAGCACACCCACCCAGCCCAGCAGCACACACACCCUCACACACACGGCGCAGACACACACCCCCCUGCAGACGGAGCAGCCGCACACGUCCGCCAGUGUGGAGUUCGGAGCCUUCGUGGGUCAUAAAGAUGAGGCUGAAGGUGAAGGAUCCUUUCCUGCGGAGAGUUCUGCAGACUGCCGGGAACUCAGUCCACCCAGGAAGAGCCAAGCAGAGGGUCAUAUGCGGACAGUAAACUCGUACGCCGGCUUCACCGAACUGGACAGAAACCCGGCCUUCCUUCUCCCAGAGACCAGUCUGAGCAAACGAGAGAAGAGUCGAGUGUCUGCGGAGGAUAUUCUCUUCCAUGAAGACCCACGAGCGGCGCUGCUAUUGGAGAGAGCUCAGGGGAAAUCAGCACAGGCCAGCAGUAGCCUGAGUCCAGGGGAAGAUGCGAGCAAUGCUUCCGCAGGCUUAUACUCAGCCAGACACACACACCUGGGUGCUCGUAAGGACUCUAUUGGUUCUCCCUUUAAGCCGAUGGAGGGGUAUCAGUAUUCAGCGGUGGAGCGUAAUAACCUGAUGCGGUUGUCCCAGAGCAUUCCAUUCACCCCAGUGCCCCCUAGAGGUGAGCCAGUAACGGUGUAUCGUCUGGAGGAAAGCUCCCCCAAUAACAUCAAUAACAGCAUGUCUUCGUGGACGCAGCGCGGGCUGUGUGCUAAAAUCGAGUUUCUGAGUAAAGAGGAGAUGGGAGGCGGCCUGCGGAGGGCGCUGAAGGUGCUCUGCACAUGGUCAGAAUACGACAUCCUGAAACCGGGGCACCUGUAUAUCGUCAAAUCAUUCCUGCCUGAGGUGGUGAACACCUGGCAGAGUGUUUAUGAAGAGGAUACUGUGCUCCACCUGUGUCUGAGGGAGAUCCAGCAGCAGCGAGCGGCUCAGAAACUCACGUUUGCCUUCAAUCAAAUCAGACCCAAAACCAUCCCCUAUUCGCCCAGGUUUCUGGAGGUGUUCCUGCUGUACUGUCACUCUGCUGGUCAGUGGUUUGCGAUAGAGGAGUGCAUCACAGGCGAGUUUCGCAAGUUUAAUAAUAAUAACGGAGACGAGAUCGUUCCCACCAACCUGCUGGAGGAGACCAUGCUGGCCUUCAGUCACUGGAGCUACGAAUAUACACGUGGAGAGCUGCUCGUACUUGACCUGCAGGGAGUCGGAGAGAUCCUGACCGAUCCGUCUGUGAUUAAAAGUGGAGAGAAAGGGUCUUAUGACAUGGUGUUUGGCCCGGCUAACCUGGGUGAUGACGCCAUCAGAAACUUCCGGACUAAACAUCACUGUAACUCCUGCUGCCGCAAACUCAAACUUCCUGACUUAAAGCGGAACGACUACACGCCAGAGAAAGUGACUCUGCAGCAGGACGACCAAACCGAGGGCUCCUCCUCUUCCCCGCCAGCAGGAGGCAGCACUAAAGAACAGCGUCACUCUAUGCGCUUAAUGCUGUGAGACACUAGUGCACACGUUUCUUCUUACAUAAACACUCACAGCAUCUGGAAACCCACUGGUACCACAGAUACUGGAAACAACCCUCCAUAUAAAAAAACACAGAGUGUUAAAGCAUACUUUGGAUUCAGUGUUUGUCUGAGUGAGUGAACGAGUGUGUGUGUGUGUCCAAGCAUUGCUGAAUGGUUGAGAGUGUGUGUGGUAUGCAAGGGGAUUGUGGGUCAUUUUGACGUUACACUGACUAUAAGGUGUCUGUUGGUGAACAGGCACUGUGUAAAGAUGAAUUUUAUGAUGUAUAAAGCUAAAUAUGUUUUUAAGAGAUUUUUUUACGUUUAUAUGUGAAUAUUUAAAGUUGCUGUUGACUAGUACGGUCUCAUGGUAUUGAGGUUCUCGCAUUUAUCAAAUAUGAGAAGUUGCCUUGUAUAAAUAAAAGCAAUUUUAAGUGCGUGCGGGCCUCGUCAACACUAUGAGACUUUACACAGUGCAGAAUGUUGACACAAUCCUUUAUUUUAUAUAUAUAUAUAUAUAUAUAAUACGUAUGUAUGUGUGUACAAAUCCAUGUAGUCACAUUAUGGCAUCUAUACAAAGCAAGUUUCCAAUCUUGUAAAAUGGGCAGAUUGCAAUGCAAUUUUUACACAGCGUGUGAUUUUAAUGUGUCAAAAUGCUGAAAACAUGUUCACAAAGACAAACAUGAAUUUUUAAUGUUACAGAGGUACUAUUGGUUUUUUUUUUUUUGUCAUUUAAAAAAAAUGUAUGAAAUUUUUAAUCUAUGUGUAUCCUAUAGAUGCAAAUAUCUGGCACGAAUAGAGCGGAUGAAAAUGAGAGUAUUUUAUCCAGGGGAAUAUAAGGUUAUAUUAUUCUAUUCAUUUUGUACUGCAUAUCAUUUAAACUAAUAAAAAACAAAACCGA